UCUGACUGGUCUGAAAUCAGCGGGGUAACAUGCUUCCUGUCCGGCAGCUCCUGCGGCUCCGGCCUGGGGUUGCUGUCAGCUGUGCCACUGGGCAGAGGAUCCAUAAACUGGCCUCGGUGCAGAAGGUCACAUCACUUACCCCAAAGAAGUUGCGGAGCUUGCUGUACCCCUUCAGCGAGCUGGAGGCUUACCUGAACAGGUCUGUGGACUUGACACAGUUCCAGCUUUUUGAUCCCACUUUGGAGGACAUGAUUGAGGCAGAGAAGCUCUUCCACUCUUCACCGUCUCAUAAGAUCGAUUACUAUAUCUCUGCAGAAAGGAUGGAGCACGCACCCGAUCUCAAACAGCCAGAGGUCAGAGGACAGCAUUGCUCAAAACAUUGUACAUAAAUCAUGGACGUAACUUCUUGUGUUGGGAGUGCCGUAAACAUGCAUUCUUUCUAAUAGCCAGUAGGAGGCAACUCCUCAGCUUUUAAAAAGAAGGCCGUGAGAGAAUAAGCCUACUCACUGAAUCUGUGACCUCAUAAAACACUUUUCUGAUGAGACCGUGGUCUUAGUUGCUAGUGACCUCCAUCUCUUAUAUACAGUCUAUGGCCUAUAUCUAUAUCUAUCUACAAAGUUGUAUAAUGCCAAUCUGUAUAUGUUACCAUUGCCACAGUGAGACAGACAAGCUCAAAAUCCAUAUCUUGAUACUAUCAUGAUACACUAACUUUCACAGACGCUCAGCUGACUCUUAACUGCUAAAUAGAGUCUCUGAACUGGACCUCUGGACCACAUUUGUGCUCUUGGAGCCUUUUGGAGCAUUUUAAUUCCAU